AUGUUCAAGAAGGAUAUCCCCGCGAGCACGCGCUCCAAGGUCAAAUCGUCCGUGCAGCGCGGUCUGCGCCAACGGUUCGUCGAAGCGCAUCCCGGCUUCGAACCGUUCAUUGAAGAGAUCUUGCCGAAGAAGGCGCAGUUGGAUGCCGUCAAACUACCCGACAAAUGCACCCUCUACACCAUCGAUUCGACACCCCUCUUCUUCCAACCCCUGGACGGCCCCCCUCUCCCGCACCUCCGUCUCGUGCACGCCUACCCCUCCGCGCUCCCCACCGUGCAAAUCGACCGCGGCGCCAUCCGCUUCGUCCUCUCCGGCGCCGCGCUCAUGGCCCCCGGGCUCACGUCUGCGGGCGGCAAACUGCCCGACGCCGAACACAAGCUGGAGAAAGGCGACGUGGUGGCUGUGAUGGCGGAGGGGAAGGAGACGGCGUGUCUGGUGGGCGCGCUGUGUGUGGGGACCGAGGAGAUCAAGAGUAAGGGGAAGGGGGUGGCGAUUGAUGAGGGGCAUUAUUUGGGGGAUGGGUUGUGGAGGUUGGCUUUGGAUUAA